UGUCGAGCAACGCUUUGCGUCUGGCUGGUUGAUCCCUUCCGCUAUUUCUCGCUCUAGAAUAUUCACAAGGCACUUCUUACGGAAGUUACACGGCUCCCAUCUGUAGCGUUUUUUAAAUCGAAGCUCAGCCGCCGUUUGAAUCCUUUUGACAACAUGGCUAGACCAUAUCUCAGCCGCGUCGAGUUUAGCGAAGAAGAUGAUCUGCGCAUCGUCCAAUUCCUUGCCAAGUACACGCCGGACGGGAGGGAUAGAAGCGGUAAUGCAAUCUGGCUGUCGUUACGCAACAAUCCGAGGAAGUGGCCGUGGUGUGAACGACAUUCGUGGCAGUCAUGGCGCAACCGUUAUUGCAAGAAUCGGGACCGAUUCGACGUUCUCGUUAGAAAGUGGCUUAAGCGAUAUGAUGUCGAGCCGGGCAUCCUGCCCCCUACAACAUCGGAUGUUCGAACGCGCAUCCAGUUCAGUGCUCAGGACGAUAACUUCCUGGAACAAUACCUGGCGAAGUAUAGUAUAAGUAGCCAGGGUCGCCUCGGAAACAAGUUAUAUACGACGCUGGUGGCAAAUGAGAAACAGAAGUGGCCUUGGGCGAAGCGCCAUCCAGCUUCGGCCUGGCGUGAGCGAUAUAAAAACAAUCGUGAACACUUCGACGAGCUCAUUGCAGACAGGCAGAAGGAUAAUCCUCCUGUCGAGAAUUUGCAAACUCCAGCCCGUGUACCGAGGAAACGGGUGCGUAGACGAGUGCAAGAGGAGGAAGAGGAAGACGAAGCAGAUGGUCAGGAAGAGCAGGCCCCUGCUGAGCAUCCACGAACCACGGAGAAAGUCGAUGAGCAAGGACAGGCCGUGAACAUGGUCAUCCAAGAGGAUGAUGAGCGGGAAGAGAGGGAGGAGAGCGAGCAGGAAAGCGGUCCUUCAGACAAGAAGGGCAAAGGCAAGGAAAAGCGUAAGCGCAGUAACGGUAGUGCAACCGCGAUUGCGAUGGAGCCAGAACGCAAACGUAGGCGUGUAGAAGGGCCCGCGGACGAUGCUCACGAGGAAGUGACGGAACCAACUCCUACGCCGAAUGAUCCUGUGUUUCGGCCCCAGAAGGAACAUGAGCAUGCCCCUGGGCCGUUGCAGAGAGCCAAGGUGCUCCCUGCAAACCAACAGGCGGCUGCCAGCGCGCAGGCAACCAGUUGGGUGGGCGGAGGUAACCGAGCAGAGCGUGAAACUCAGCUCACGAACCCUCCACCUUCGGACGAUUAUCAAGGAGACAUAUUCGCAAAGCGGAACGAGGAGGAUGUGGAGGAUGUGGAGGAUGUGGAAGAUGAGGAAGAGGAGGUGGAUCAGCUCGAUUCCGCGUCUCCAUCGCCAAAGCCUGAUGGUGGCGAACAGAAGAUGGAUGUGGAUGUGGAUAUGGAGUUGCCACGAUCAAACGUCAAGGACGAUGGAUCCGAAGCUCGACAGGCCCAUCAUUUGGCGACACCAUUACCCUUUGGGGCUGAUGUUGAUCAGGAUCUCACACCCAAUGGGAGGCUUUAUCCCAAGGUUCCCUCUCCACCCGGCCCUGUCGGUGGUGAUUCCUCUCUGCCUGACGGAUAUCCCAGACCCGCAAUGUCGACGCCUGUGAGACAAGGACACUGGCUGAACUUUUCUGUCGUGUCUCAAGUACUCCCUUCUCUGCUUUGGUCGCAGAAAGCGCCCGCUAAGACAGCCCAGGGGCCUACGCCGCCUACCAGCCACACGGAAACUCCCUUGGCAACCCCGACCGCUGCGACAAAACGCGUUCCUGUUCAUACUAACGGCGCCGACAAACAUGCACAGUCUGCAAUACCUGACGGCAAUCAUGAAAAGUCGACUGAUAUGCCGGCAGAGACGAUUCUCCCGUCUGCUAGCAUGGCAGUCCAGCCGAACUCUGAGGCAGGCCCGUCAACAGCAAUCGCUCCGGCAUCCCGUAUCCACAUGCCACGCCCGUCUCUGAUAGAGCACGAGUCGGAAUUCUUCCAGUCAGAUACGCCGAGCCCCUCGUCCAAGCCAAACAAAGAGAACAGUCCUAUGCGGAUGAAGCGCAGGAAAGCACCCGUGCAGCUUGAACAGGGCGCAUUCAAUUCUGCGUUCACCAAUAACAAAGGCAGGCGCCGUCUGGAUGGGCUAGGGAGACGUCCUCGCGUGAGUGGAGUGGAGGCCGAUAUGGAGGAGGAGAUGGAGGAGAACGAUGAGGGAUUAGUGGAUGACAUUGAAUGGCCGCCCAGACGCCGAAAAGACAAAGGAAAGGGAAAGCAGAGGGAGGCGGGAACUUUCGGUGCCUUGUCAGAAGCUGUUAAGCCGGAGACAGACGCGCGAGAUGUUCAGCCGUCUGCAUCAACGAGCAACGCCCCUGCAACCAUGCAUCAUCCAUUCAGUCAGUUCUCUCAGCCGGAAGAAGCGAGUCAUGUCAUGCAACAGUUCCGGCCUCGUCAACAUCAUCCAUUUAGCCAAGCCACUCAGCCAGUUGCAGGCCCUUCGCAUAUACCGCCUACCUCUUUCAUUGAUGAGGGUGAAGCAAUCAGCGUCUCUACGCUGUCGAGGAUCCAGAUAGCCAAGGACCCGAGGAUUCAAGCAAUCGUGCGAAAGAGUACUCACCUUUUGCAGUCUGACACGGUGAACGUGGGACAAGGAAUGAGUCACGAUCGACUGGAGCCAACACCAUCGACCAUUGGAACUGUGCGAACGGAGGAACCCGUUGUCCGCCCGGUCCUCGUCCCUUUCAGGCUGCCGGAGUUGGAGAAAGCUCGCACUGAACGGCGUUUUUCCGCUGGUGAGGCACCGAAGAAUUCGCAGGCAGACGAGCUCCGCAACAUCAGGCCUGAGCAGAGACAGAUUGUCGCCAAGAGCAACGGAAAACAGCCUCUUAUUGACGGGCAUCAUCCUGGACUGGUCAACAGGCGACAUACCAUGGGGCCUCCCGUUGAUGUAUUCGAGAUCACGGCAGAAGAGGCGAUUGAGGUUCCGCACUUGGAUGUGAGGCGCAUCAGCAUGAAACGGGACCGACGUUCGAUGCCAUCAUUGCUUCCAGAGCGCAUGCUUGAGCGCAACGUGGAUGAUUUCGAAGUGACGAACAGGUCGCGACAAAUACGGACAAGAAGCUCCACCAAUCACUUGGCCACCAAUGUGCCGUCCAACGAGCCUCCUGACCAGCUCAGCGACGCCGAUGAAUCACUGAUGCUUAGUCUAGCAGAGAAAGAGCUUCGUAGGUUGGGGAUGGAGUCCGCGAUACAGACAAUGUCGGAUAAUCACGGCUUCAACCCGAACGUCGUGCGCGCUGUCUUCGACAGGACUGGAUCUCUUAGGAAGACGGACAAUGUGCUGCGUCGGAUGCGUGAAGCUGCGGACCGUGUCGCUGACAUCAUGAUCGACGAUGCUGAUUCAGAAGAGGAUGCCAGCACUUCAAGGCGAUCACGACAACGCAGGCCUUCGUUCCAGGGAAAGGAACACGAAGCGCCACUACGAUCUUCUCACAUGCGGAAUUCUUCUAUUCUGCAACAUGAGCGGAUGGAUCUUGAUGGCAAUGAUGAGGAGCUGGAAACGGUAUGCUCACCCCCGAAGCAGUCCAGAGCCGGGCAGUUUGCGAGGCUAGUUCGAGAAGGAAGAGAGGAAGAAGCUUUUUUCAGGGAAGCUAGCGGGAUUUUGGGGACCACUCCUCUCCAGAGACCUGCGGGGAACGGCGAUGGACCUUCCAAUUGGCAAGAGCGGUCCCGUUUAACUACGAGUCCAACGCACAAGGCAUACCGUGGGCAUUUCAGUCGCAGCGGAAGCCCAAUUUUUGAGGAACGUCGGCAUGAUCACCAUCUGGAGACUCCGUCACAACAGUCGUCAGCCAACGUGCAAGCAUUGACCGAGGCGUUGAAGCAAGGGAAACUCGGUAAACUCGAUGAGUUGAAUGAGAAGGUGGGAUCCAAGGGCAUGCAGAUCCUAUUUGGGGCGAUGUUUCGCAGAAUGCUCGAUGAUUCAUGAGUCUCUCUGUUCUGUACUUUUAGCUCAAUGUAUUGUUGUACUUCAUCUUCGGCAAUCGCAACUCUUAUCUUCGUCACAGUUAAACAGUCCGAGUGACAACAUUGUUAACCCAGUACGAGACAACUACAAAGCUC